AUGGUACUGACACGAUUUAUUGACAAAAUUCACAGUUGCUUACAGCACAAGGUUCGCGUACAAAAUGGUGAAUGUUUCCUGAAAACGAUCCUCGCGUGCCGUAAUUGCCAACGGUCUGCUGAACACGGACUCGAAAGUAUCGGCGCCACGGCCGCUGCACUCCUCACGCACUUACGUAACAUCCACUGCAACCUACAUCUUUUAAAUCGAAACGCCUGCGAAACUUCAGGAGAUCGAAGAGGCGGCCAUGAAAACGUGUCGCCGCAGAGA